CUCGAAUCGUGCGUUCUCGCCCUUUAUCGAGUAAUGUCCUAAGUAACAUAAUUUCGACAAGUUGGCUCGUAACCUCUUAGUCGAAAUAUUGAGUAUUCCAUAGAUCCGUCACUCUCUAAACCAACAGCUUUGAUAUACUAGCACUCUCAAACCCAGGUCUUACGCUAAACCUUACGCGCUCAACCGUGACCUUCAAGGUCGUUAUUGUUGGCGGUAGCGUCGCUGGCUUGGCGCUCGCCAAUAUGCUAGAGAAGUUCAACAUUGAUGAUGUUGUUCUCAAAGCCUAUCCGGAGAUUGCACCUCAGGUUGGAGCUAGUACUGGACUAUUGCCCUACGGCUUGCGGAUUCUCGACCAGCUUGGCUGUUACGACUUAUGAGGCGUAUCGGGCGAAAGCUGAGGACUCAGUGUCCCAGCACUUCUAUCUCAGACGGGAGAAUGGUGAGAUUCUCGACUAUCAACAUAAUCUGAUGGAUACGUGGGAGAAAAUGCUAGGACAUCCGAUGAUCUGUAUCGACCGGCAGAUGCUUAUUCAAGUUCUGUACGAGAACUUGAAGCACAAAGAUAGAGUGCUCAGCUCUGAACGAGUUGUAUCCGUAGACUUUACCGAUUCUCGUGCUCAUGUCACUACCAAAGAUAGCAAGGUCUUUGGCGGGGACAUUGUCGUCGGAGCUGAUGGAAUCCGCAGCACGGUCAGGAAGGAGAUGUGGCGGGAAGCGCCAACCGGAUAUUUCCCCCUUGGACGAGGAAUCAAAGGUCCCCGCCUCGGCUCUGUGUGUCUUUGGUAUCUCCCACAGACCCGGCGUAUGCCACGGAGCUAGUCAGCACAACACAAUGUCCCCUGGUCACAGCUAUUUUGUAAUGGCGGCUCCAGGAGACCGCGUGUACUGGUUUUUGUUCAAGGAGUUGAAGACUCUCUACGGAAGAGAUAUUCCGAGGCAUGUCAUGAUUUGCAAGUCUAGAAGACUGGGAAUGAUCUCUUCCCACAAGUAUACCAAGGCCGACGAGGAGGAGUAUUAUAAAGCAACACUGGGACGACCGUAUACUGGAAAACAUGACACUUGGUGACCUUUACGAGAGACGUAUCGCAAUGACGCUCGCACCACUCCAAACAUGUGUCUUUGAAAAGUAGCAAUACAAGAGA